AUGGAGUCGAGACCGGACCAUGGCUUCAAUCCAUUCUCAUCCGAGGCAGGGUCCUAUGGCGCGUACGACCUCCCCAAUGAUUUCAUGAAGGGCCUCGACCUUUCUGAUCCCUCUUCCCUUGGGAAAUUAUUCGGCAUUCAGCCACCACCGCACAAGUCUCCAAAGGAGGUUCAAUUGGAGGCCCGACGACGCCGCGACCACAUAUUCGCCCUCCACGACAAGCUGCGAGCCAUCCUCGAGCGCCAUGAGGCUACAAUCCAGUCACGAUGGUCCAAGAAGAAGAAAAAGCAGCGGCUCGAGGUCCUCGCCACCGCGUGGGGGCCGGCCAUGGCGCCUACGCAUCGACCGGACUUCGAAGCCUUCCGCCGAGAGACGGCCGAGCAGCGCAAGGCGGGGGGCACCAAGUUCAGAGACCACUUCAUGUGGCCCUACAUCAACCAAGAAGACUUGGUUAAGCCAAAGACCCUGCCGCUACUGCUUAAUAGCAGGGGCCGCCAUCCCCCUUCUGAGUUCGCUGGAACGGACUUCGACGCAGUGCACCUCGGCCUGGUGAGCCAAGCCGUCAUGCCUGUGUUCCUCAAUGGCCAUACCAUGAUCAUGUUCGUCAAGGCAACAGACAGGGCUAAAUACGGCAAACUACUCCAGUGGGAUGAUCAUCCCGACGCCUUUAACUGGUUUCACACCCGGACGCAGGCCCAGCCCGGCGAGGGCCUGCUCGUUCUUGAGACACAAGAAAGGCUGCUCGAAUUCCUUGUUGCGUGCUGCCAGGCUGUUCUGCACGACAUCCCAAGUGACAGCCUGACGACGAGCGCGUUCCCUCUUCUACCGGAGCCCCAACUGAAGAGCGAAAAAGAUAUUGACGGCUUCGAGUCGCUGGCAGUCAUGGCAGCAGAAGCACCAUAUCGCGUCCCUGCGCAGCUGGAUCUCGAGAGAAUCGCGAAUUUACUUCGAGCCAGGGCUUCUGCGGCGGAAGACCACUUGUGGGCUUUGCGAGAGGACCCAGGGUACUUUGCCGAGCACCUGGGCGAGCUCAAGGAGCACCGGCAGGAAAUGAUCAAGGACACAAAGGCUGACGUCCAUCCGACACUCCGUCCCGGUAGAGAAAGCAUCUUUUGGGUACGCAUCAUCGGCAAUGUCGUCGUAAAUGCCUACCUAGAGCUCGAGAUAUUUGCCGAGCUCCAGGCGCAGGCCGAGGCAUUGCGGCCCAUGUACGCCAAGUACGGUACGGCUUUGUCUCCCGCGGACGACUUGCCAGAGGAAUUCUUCGCCGCGUUGCUCAGAUUUCGGCAUUAUCUUACCAAGGCAGCCAAGGGCAUGUUGGAAGUUCUGAAGGGAUCUGUCAUGGCUUCGCCGCCAUGGCGUAGAUUCUUCGUUCGUGAGCCGCCUGCAUCUGUCGGGUCGACUGCCAUGCGACUCAUGUCGAAACCAGGUGUGAAGAUGACCAAGGUUCAGGGGGAGCUGCUCUGGCUCCUCCGCACACUAUGGGAGGAUGGGAAUGACUUGUUCUUGAUCAGCAUGCCCCUUGCUUUGGACGAGCUGGAGCGGCUACUUGAGACACAACCAGAGGCAAACGAGCUACUGACUGAAUACCUCGCCAAGACUGUGGGCAGCCUGUCCAUCGUGUCGCAGUGCUUGGCUCAACUGGAGCGAUUUCAGCCAUGGUCCCGAUCCUUCGAGUCGGCCUUAGUGGAGAGAGAUGAAGCCAUCAAAAAGGAAUAUGCCAGGCGCACGGGACCCUGCGCUAGACUAAUGGCGGGUCUGCGCGAAAACAAUCUCAGUCGAGCCGCGAAGCUGGGUGACCCAUCCGACAGGAAAUUUGCUUAUCCAUCCGAGAAGCGGCGCACGCGGGAGAAUACAGACAUUUUGCGCCGGGCCGAACAAAACCUCGACACGUUUUGGUCAAACAUUGACCAACUGAUUUACAACUCGUGCGGAGACCUGGAUGGGACCGCUGCAGGGAAAUUGCUCUCGCAGGAGCGCAGUUUACAACGAACACAGGAGUGGGUUGACGAGCCCUCGACGACAGCAAAGGCACAAGGGCCAUCCGGGUUCAGCGUGGGAGGCCAUGCACCGAUCUACAAGCCAUUGUCAACUCUGUACUUCGGACUCCCAGGGAAGUCGGGAGUUACCGAAACAGACAGUCUCCCAAAGCAAAAGGUGAAAACGAGAGGGCCUGCGUCAAGCGCAAGAAAAGGUGACACACAGCCUGAACCUGUGGAGGAGGCGGCUGUGGCGGAUCGCCCAACCAUCUUUGUGGGCGCGCGAGACCUCAAGGUGUUCAAAACACUCUUCUUCGACCCUACCAUGUCAUCCCAUCCCGGAGAGACGCCGUGGAACGACUUCCUUCACGCCAUGACCUCGACAGGCCUCUUCACCGCAGAGAAACUGUACGGGUCCGUCUGGCAGUUCCAGCGAGUCAAUGCAUUCGAUCAAAGUCGAAUCCAGUUCCACGAGCCGCACCCACACGGCAAAAUUCCGUUUGUGAUGGCGAGGCGCUUUGGCAGGAGACUGAACAAGCACUACGGCUGGGCAAGGGACACCUUUGUUCUGAAGGACAAGUAG